AUGCUAUAAUGAGUUCGCUUUCUACUUAUGGAAUCAACAUUGAGAUCAGACUUAAAAAGUUGGAUAUUUUGAACACAAAUUUGUUUCCAGCAGUAUCUAUCGAAUACGGUAAUGGUAUAGAUAGAGACGUCGCCUUGAGUUCAUUCGAUUAUUGGCUUGCUGCCCACAACUCUCAUAAUAAUUUAAAAUAUGAUUUCGCAUUUUUAUGGACAGGGUAUGAUCUUUAUGGAGACAGUGAUGACUUCGUAGCAGGCUACGCUCAUACCGGGGCAGUCUGUAAACCAUGGAUAGCCUCGGGCGUAGGGGAGUUCAAUAUGACAUACAUGACAGCAAUAGUCACUGCCCAUGAGAUAGGACACAUACUAGGUGCGAAUCACGAUGGUCCAGAAAGUAGUAACGUCAUGGCUGCAAUCUCAAGACAGUCCGCCAUCAAUCGAUGGUAUUUCUCAAGUCUCUCGGCCACCGCUAUAAAGAAUUAUACAUCUAGUCUGACGAGCAACUGCUUACUGACAACAGAUCCUGCAUCUACUAAACCUACUGUCACUUAUGGAGCCUAUACUGGUCAUAUCCUGGAUCCUAAUGCUGUUUGCCAAAGAGCGUUAAAUAAUUCCAAUUCAUAUAUGUGUCUGGAGUGGCCUUUCUACAACCAUCAAUCACCAAGCGGCGACAGAGUUUGUGUUAAAAUUUAUUGUAAGAAACCUGGCACAAACUUGUGUUAUGAAGCAUUUGCAUCAGAUGGUAUGGUCUGCGACACCAAUAAGAGAUGUAAAAAAGGUAAAUGCAUGCCAGACAGUACAGCUCCUCAUAAUCUUGACUCAAGUUGCGUGUUUGGUGAUCAAAAAAGGCUGGAGUUUACUAACUUUAAAGGAACAUGCCACGAACACAUUUCAUUGGAUAGUUCAGCCUACUGUUAUGACGCAGUUGUUGUUCAAAGUUGCUGCAACUCAUGCAAGGCACAUUACACUGGGCGUGCAGGGUGUGAAUAUGGCGAUAGUGUUUUGGGGUGUAAUAAAUCUCCCAGAGAACAAAUGUGUCCAAAUAAUAUGGAUACGUGCUGUGAAUACUGCAAGGGUUUUGUUUCUUCUGUAGUUGGCUGACGUUCACAAGUGCGUUUACAAUUUUCCAACAUUAUUUCCCCUGAAUAAAGGCCAACUAACAAUUACAGAAAUGAAAAUGUUGCAUGUAUUUAACUCAAGAGUGGAUUUGUUUGUUUCUUUUUAAAUGGUGAUAUUGUUGUUAGUAUUGAAAUGAAUAAAUCUUAACCAACGUUCA